AAUGGAAGUGAAGGCGAGAUGCAGGCAGGGUUCCCCAGUAGGCUGCGCUGUGAUUAGUGGGUUGGGAAUUAUCCGUGUAGCAGAGGCUGGAGCUAUAGGCAGGAUCACAGUGUAUAGGCAGCCACAGCACCGGGGCUGCGCGCGUGCGAUCUGACCUGGGAGACCAGCAUGGCAAAGCCUUCUACCUUCUAAUGGGUAUUUACUAACAUCUAAUGCACAGAUCUGCCCCCAGCUCUCAAGGAAGAGUGGAUUGACAGCAGCUCUUGCUGUUGCAUGUGAGCUCCGGAAGGGGUCAAGGACAAAUGGUACAUUCCAAGGAGACGGCAGACGCUCAGUGGCAUAUAGCGGUGCUACUGAAUGGGGAACAGAGCCUGGACUUGCGUGUGCUUUUGGGAUCUAAAGCGAAGUGGGUAGAGGAUGUACACAACAACCAUUGUUUCGGACUUAAUUAAAGCUCCUUUUUGCCUCUUGCCCUGAUACAAAGGAAGGAAAAUAAUGGAAUGACUAUAAAGAUGGAUGUUCUUGGAGGUACACCGACCUCCCUCUCCUACAUAACCCUACUAUUUUUAAAUGUGUUUCUUAAUUUAUGCAAUGGUCUCCCAGGAACGUCACCGCAGAUUUUCCUCUUUACCUACCCAACGUACAAUGCCACGGUUUAUGAAAAUUCGGCGGCACGAACGUAUCUCAACAGCCAAACCAAAAUGGGCAUCAAGUUAGCCAAUCUCUCUUGGGAUAUCAAAUACAGAAUCAUGUCAGGAGAUGAAGAGGGGUUUUUCAAGGCUGAAGAAGUUGUAAUUGGAGACUUUUGUUUUUUAAGAAUUAGAACAAAAGGCGGUAACUCUGCUAUACUGAACCGAGAAAUCCAAGACGGAUACGUAUUAACAAUAAAAGCCUCCGUAAGAGGAGAGGACUUAGAAGCUUGGACGAAAGUCAACGUACAAGUCUUGGACAUGAACGACCUUAGACCUUUGUUUUCACCAACAACGUAUUCCGUGACAAUAGCGGAAAGUACUCCCAUAAGGACUAGCAUCGCACAGGUUACUGCUACCGAUGCCGAUAUAGGAUCCAAUGGCGAAUUUUAUUACUAUUUCAAAAAUAAGGUGGAGCUGUUCUCGGUUCAUCCCACGAGUGGCGUUGUCUCAUUGAGUGGACGUUUGAACUACGACGAAAAGAACAGAUAUGACCUUGAAGUGUUAGCAGUGGAUCGUGGUAUGAAACUGUACGGGAACAAUGGCGUAAGCAGCACUGCCAAGCUUUAUGUUCAUAUUGAACGUAUUAAUGAACACGCUCCCACAAUAACUGUGGUUACUCACAUUCCAUCCGUGUUGGACUUGGAUCCAACCUAUGCCGUUGUUACCGUCGACGAUAUUGAUGAAGGUGCUAAUGGGGACAUUGAGUCGCUAUCGGUUAUCACAGGAGAUCCUCUGCACCAGUUUGCGUUGGUAAAAGAGGGGAAGUGGAUUAAUGAAUACAAACUCAAAGAGAAAACCACAAUCGAUUGGGACAGUUAUCCAUAUGGUCUAAAUCUGACUCUCCAAGCAAAAGACAAAGGCUCACCUCAAAAGUUUUCCGCCUUAAAACACGUGCACAUUGCCAGCCUGAAAAAAGAGAAGAUGGAUACAAAAUUUGGACAAGAUGUUUAUGAAGUUAAGGUCAGUGAAUUCUCUCCUCCUGGAACUGUGGUUGCAGCUGUCAAAGUACACCCAGAACCCUCAUCUGCGGAAUACAAAAUUUCUGACAGUGAAGAUUCUCCAUAUUUUAAGAUUAAUGCGAGGACCGGACUGAUUACCACGUGUUACCAUUUAAAUUUCCACGGGAAGGACAAAUACGAGUUAGUAGUGAUGCAAAAAGACAGUGAUGUGAAAGCCCAAGUCCUUAUUGAAUUAGAAGAUGCCAACGAUAAUACUCCAGAGUUCCAACAAACCUUUUAUGAAUCGUUUGUCAAUGAAAGUGUCCCUGUUGGUACUAGUAUCCUGACUGUCUUAGCUUUGGACAAGGACAAAGGGGAAAAUGGCUAUAUCACUUACAGCAUAGGGAGCCUAAACUCCUUGCCUUUUUCCAUUAACCAGUUCAACGGAAUAAUCAGUACAUCGGAUGUUUUAGAUUUUGAGUCCUCUCCUGAAAGCUAUAGGUUUAUUGUAAGAGCUUCAGACUGGGGUUCUCCGUACCGCCAUGAAAGCGAAGUUAACGUUACAAUCCGCGUUGGUAAUGUCAAUGAUAAUAAGCCAUUAUUUGAGAAGGUGGCUUGCCAAGGAGUGAUGUCUUACGAUUUUCCAACUGGUGGCCACAUCACAGCAGUUUCGGCCAUAGACAUAGAUGAAUUGGAACUCGUUAAGUAUAAAAUAAUGUCCGGUAACGACCAAGGCUUCUUCUACUUGAAUCCAGAUUCUGGAGUUUUGCAGCUAAAAAAGUCUUUUAUUAAUUCCGGAUUGAGAAACAGUAACUUUGCUCUCAGAAUCACUGCCACCGAUGGAGAACAUUUUGCUGACCCCAUGUUCGUCAACAUAACUGUCGUGCAUGGAAAGGUGUCUUCUAAAAGCUUCUCUUGUAAAGAGACCAGGGUGGCCCAAAAAUUAGCGGAAAAACUUCUUAAAAAGUCCAAAGCCAACGCCAAGUUGAAUUACGAAGACAGCUUGUUUGAUUACUAUUCUGUAAACAGGCAACCACCCCAGUUUGACAAGUCAUUCCCCUCUGACGUUUCUGUCAAAGAGGACCUUCCUGUUGGAUCCUCCAUACUUAAAAUCAAGGCCGCUGAUGCUGAUUCUGGAUUUAACGGAAAGGUACUUUAUGCCAUCUCCGAUGGCAAUAUAGACAGCUGCUUUAGCAUUGAUUUAGAAACAGGGACACUCAAAGUCUUGAUGCCAAUGGACAGAGAGAUGACAGAUAAAUACCUUCUUAAUAUCACAGCGUAUGAUCUGGGCAAACCACAGAGAUCUUCGUGGAGAUUGUUGACAAUACACGUAAACGACGCCAAUGACAACAGCCCUGUUUUCCUACAGGAUAGUUAUUCAGCUAACACUCUAGAAAGUACUAGCAUAGGCACCGAGUUAAUUCAGGUAGAAGCUAGGGAUAAAGAUAUUGGACCGAACGGUGAAGUCACGUAUUCAAUAUUGACUGACACAAGAAAAUUUGCCAUUAACAGCUCUAGCGGGAUAGUGUAUGUAUCUGACCAGCUAGAUAGGGAGCUCGCGUCCAAUUACACCUUGAAAAUCGAGGCAAGAGACAAAGCGGAAAACGGUCAACAGCUUUUUUCCGUUGUUACUCUGAAGAUCUACUUGGAUGAUGUCAACGAUUGCUCUCCGGUCUUCAUCCCUUCUAGUUACAGUGCUAAAGUGCUUGAAGACCUCCCUGUUGGUACUGUUAUAGCAUGGCUCGAAACCCAAGAUCCCGACCUCGGAUUAGGAGGGCAAGUACGCUACUCUUUGGUAAAUGACUACAAUGGGAAGUUUGAAAUCGAUAAAACCAGUGGAGCUAUUCGGCUAAACAAAGAAUUAGACUAUGAAAAACAGCAAUUUUACAACCUAACUGUUCGGGCCAAGGACAAAGGCCGGCCAGUUUCUCUUUCUUCCGUAUCUUUUGUGGAGGUCGAGGUGGUGGAUGUUAAUGAGAAUCUCCACACCCCUUACUUUCCUGAUUUCGCUGUCACUGGAUCUAUAAGAGAGAAUUCCCGAGUUGGAACUAGUGUUUUACAAGUUGUGGCGAGAGAUGAAGACACCGGAAGAGAUGGGGAAAUACAGUACUCCAUAAGAGAUGGCAGCGGCCUGGGAAGGUUUAGCAUUGAUGAAGAAACUGGAGUCAUUUACACGGCCGAUAUCCUGGAUAAAGAGACCACCGAGUCCUACUGGUUGACAGUGUAUGCCACCGAUCGGGGGGUAGUGCCACUCUUCUGCACCAUCGAAGUUUAUAUUGAAGUCGAAGACGUUAAUGACAACGCACCGUUGACUUCCGAACCCAUUUAUUACCCCACCGUCAUGGAGAACUCCCCCAAAGACGUAUCGGUGCUUCAGAUUCAUGCUAUAGAUCCGGAUUCAAAUUCAAGCGAUAAGCUGACCUACAGGAUCACCAGCGGGAACCCUCAGAACUUUUUUGCUAUCAACUCCAAAACAGGUCUCAUUACCACAACGUCAAGGAAGCUGGACCGCGAGCAACAAGCAGAGCAUUUUCUGGAGGUUAGCGUCAGUGAUAGUGGUCCAUCGGUCAAGCAAUCCACCGUCUGGGUCAUAGUAGAGGUUUUGGAUGAAAACGACAACAAACCACAGUUUCCAGAAAAGGUUUACCAGAUCAAGCUUCCAGAAAGGGAUCGCAAAAAAAGGGGAGAGCCAAUCUACAGAGCGUUUGCUUUCGACAAGGAUGAAGGUCCAAAUGCCGAAAUCUCGUAUACCAUCGUAGAUGGAAACGAGGAUGGAAAAUUCUUUAUCGACCCUAAAACUGGAAUGGUGUCUUCAAGGAAGCAGUUUUCGUCCGGGAGUUACGACAUACUAACGAUUAAAGCUGUAGACAACGGCCGCCCUCAGAAGUCUUCUACGGCGAGACUCCAUAUCGAAUGGAUAAAGAAGCCACCACCCUCUAUCGUUCCUUUGACCUUUGACGAGCCCUUUUACAAUUUUACUAUAAUGGAAAGUGACAAAGUUACCGAAAUCGUGGGAGUCGUAACCGUGCAGCCUUCAAAUAUCCCUCUUUGGUUUGAUGUAGAAGGUGGCAAGCAUGCUCGGGAGAUGUUCUGUAUCCUGCAAACAGCUUGUGGGCAGAACUGCUCAACAGAAGGGGGAAACGCUGACAGCACGUUUGACAUUGAGAAAGGGGUAGGCACUAUCGUCAUCGCAAAGCCGCUCGAUGCCGAAGCCCGAUCUGUUUAUAACAUGACCAUAGAGGUUACCGAUGGAACCAACAUUGCAACCACGCAGGUUCUGAUUCGUGUUCUUGACAAUAAUGACAACGGACCUGAAUUUUCUCAGCCAAGCUACAGCGCUGUCAUCUCAGAAGACGUCCUGGCGGACAGUGAGAUCUUGGCAAUCAAAGCCACAGAUAAAGAUGAAAACCACAAAUUAAGCUACAUCAUCCACAGCAGCAUUGAUCCCAACAGCAUGAGAAAGUUCCGGAUUGAUCCCAGCACGGGGGUGCUGUACACAGCUGAAAGACUGGACCACGAAGCACAAGCUCACCACAUUCUCACAGUCAUGGUCAAAGAUCAAGAAUUUCCAUACCGAAGGAACUUGGCCCGGGUGGCUAUUACUGUAGAAGACGCCAAUGAUCACAGCCCCUAUUUCACCAGCCCUCUCUACGAAGCUUCCGUGUUUGAAUCCGCCGCCAUCGGAUCCGUGGUUAUCCAAGUUACCGCCUUAGACAGAGACAAAGGGGAAAACUCUGAGCUUAUCUACUCAAUCGAAACAGGAAACAAUGGAAAUACAUUUAAAAUCGAGCCUGUUUUAGGCAUUAUCACAGUUGCUAAAGAACCAGAAAUGAUGUCUAUGGGCCAGUUUGUCCUGUCGGUAAAAGUAACGGAUCGAGGUAGCCCACCGCUUUCCGCCGCUGCUAUAGUAAGAAUCUCCUUAUCCAUGUCAGAUAAUUCACGGCCCAAAUUCAUGCAGAAUGAAUACCAAGCUGAAAUUCCUGAAAAUGUGGAUUUGGGAACAUCAAUCAUCCAGAUUUCUGCUAUCAGUCAAUCUACACUGGUUUAUGAAAUUAGACUUGGGAACGCGGAAGGCACCUUCACAAUAAACCCAUACUCUGGAGUCAUAACUACCCAAAAGUCUCUUGACUAUGAGCAAACAUUGUCUUAUCAGCUGGUCGUCCAAGCAACCAAUAUGGCUGGCAUGGCUUCCAACACUACCGUCAACAUUCAGCUUCUCGAUGAAAAUGAUAACCCUCCUGUUUUUCUUAGCUCACAGUAUGCGGGCAGCAUCAGCGAAGCUGCUCCGAUUAACAGCAUUGUGCGAAAUUCAGAGAAGAAUCCAUUAGUAAUAAGAGCAAACGAUGCCGACAGCAACCAGAAUGCGUUGCUUGUCUAUCAGAUUGUUGAAUCAACGGCUAAAAAGUAUUUUACCGUGGAUUCCAGCACAGGAGCUAUCAGAACUAUUGCAUAUUUGGACCAUGAAACAAUAGCUUUUUUCCAUUUCCAUGUACACGUAAGAGACAGCGGAAGUCCACAGCUUACUGCAGAAAAUCCAGUUGAAGUCACUAUCGAAGUAACGGACGUGAACGAUAACCCACCAGUUUUUACAGAAGCUGUAUUUGAAACAACGUUGCUGUUGCCAACUUACGUCGGGGUCGAGGUUCUUCAGGUCAGUGCGAGAGACCCAGAUUCAGCAGUACCACCAGAGCUAACAUAUACUUUGACAGAGGGCAACAUGAACCAUUUUUCUAUUGAUUCCAACAGUGGGGUUCUUACGGUGAAAAAUAGCAGUUUAUCUAAAGAUCACUACAUGCUGAUGGUCAAAGUGUCCGAUGGGAAAUUUUAUAGCACUGCUAUUGUGACGAUACUGGUCAAAGAAGCAAUGGACAGUGGACUUUAUUUCACCCAAGACUUUUAUUCAGCAUCAAUACCAGAAAACACCACCAACAUCACCAAAAUUGCCGUUGUAAAUGCUAUAGGCCAUCAUCUGAAUGAGCCUUUAAAAUACACCAUACUAAACCCUGGAAAUAAAUUUAAGAUCAAGACCACUUCUGGAGUUAUUCAAACUACUGGGGUCUCUUUUGACAGAGAAGAAAGAGAGGUGUAUGAGUUGGUGGUUGAGGCUAGUAGGGAGCUCGAUCACCUUCGAGUGGCACGCGUGGUGGUGAAGGUCAACAUCGAGGAUAUUAAUGACAACGUGCCUGUUUUCGUCGGACUCCCGUAUUACGCUGCUGUUCAAGUUGACGCUGAACCAGGGACUCUCAUUUAUAAAGUGACUGCUAUAGAUAAGGACAAGGGUAAAAAUGGCGAGCUGACAUUUUUUCUUGAAAACGACCACAGCCAUUUUGAAAUAGACGAGCACAACGGAAGCGUGACAUUAAGAACACCUUUUGAUUCAGAUCUUUCCAACAUUGAAUAUGUGCUACUCAUACACGCGAAAGACCGUGGCGAUCCUCGACUGUCUGCUUCCGUGGAACUUCCUGUUACUAUUGUCAACAAAGCAAUGCCCAUCUUUGAUAAGGCCUUCUACACGGCAUCGGUAAACGAGGACGUAGAAAUGCACACCCCAAUUUUAAGUAUUAAUGCCACGAGCCCAGAAGGCCAGGAUAUUAUCUACACGAUAGUGGAUGGAGAUCCUUAUAACCAGUUUAACAUUGACUUCAAUACAGGAGUAAUAACUGUGGUAAGUCCUCUGGAUUUUGAAAUCAACCCUUCUUUCAAGUUGACUGUAAGAGCUAGUGAUUCCCUUACAAGCGCUCGAGCGGAAGUCAUUGUCGAUUUAAGUGUGAACGAUGUUAAUGAUAACCCACCCAUUUUUGAGUUCUCUUCCUACAAUGCAACGCUUUCUGAAAGUUCACUGAUUGGGACCCCGGUCUUGCAAGUUGUUGCCACCGAUGCUGAUUCCGAAAACAACAGAGUUAUACGGUAUCAAAUCGUCCAAGAUAUUUUUAACAACACUGAUUCGUUUCAUAUAGACAGCACAAGUGGCCUGAUCCUAACCGCUCGCUUGUUGGACCAUGAAGUGUCCCAGCAGAGCAGCUUAAAAAUCAGAGCGACCGAUAACGGAUUCCCAGCUCUGAGUAGUGAGGUUCUGGUAACUAUCUACAUUACAGACCUAAAUGACAACCCACCUAUUUUUAAUCAGUUGAUUUAUGAAUCUUAUGUUAGUGAACUUGCUCCAAGGGGACAUUUUGUGACCUGUGUCCAAGCAUCGGAUGCAGACAGCACUGACAUUGACAGAUUGGAAUACAGCAUCCUAUCCGGAAAUGAUCGGGUAACCUUUAUCAUGGACAGUAAGAGUGGCGUCAUUACGCUUUCUAACCAUCGUAAACAGCGAAUGGAACCAAUGCACAGCUUAAACAUCUCUGUCUCCGACGGGCUUUUCACAAGCACAGCUCAGGUCCACAUAAAGAUUCUAGGAGCUAACCUUUUCAGCCCGGUUUUUGCUCAGAGUGUUUAUGUGGCAGAAGUCAGGGAAAACUCUGCUAUUGGAACAAAAGUCAUAUACCUGAAGGCAACUGAUGGAGAUUCUGGCAUUUAUGGACAAGUUACCUAUACCAUCAUAAAUGACUUGGCCAAAAAUCGAUUUUUUAUUGACUCCUUGGGUCAGAUAGUGACAACAGAAAAGCUUGACCGGGAAAAUCCACUGGAACAGGACAUCAACAUAUUCCUGAGAGCUCUCGAUGGAGGAGGAAGAGCUGCCUUUUGUACGGUUCAAGUCAUAGUGGUGGAUGAAAACGACAACUCACCACAGUUCAAGGCAACAGAAUAUCGAGCAACUGUUAAAGCCGACGUGGAGAAAGGUCAUCUGGUGACACAGGUCCAAGCUUUUGAUGCAGACGAUGGUGCGAAUGCUCGUAUUACUUAUUCGCUUUACAGCGAGGCUUCUGUGUCAGUUGCCGAUCUCCUGGAAAUUGAUCCUGACAACGGCUGGAUGGUUACAAAGGGCAAUUUUAACCAGUUAAAAAACACAGUGCUUUCCUUCUUCGUUAAAGCAGUAGAUGGUGGCAUCCCAAUGAAACACUCUCUCAUUCCUGUCUACAUCCACGUGGUACCUUCAGAAACCAUCGUGCCUACCUUUUCCCAACCUCAGUACUCAUUCACAGUGCCAGAGGACUCUGUCAUAGGAACAACAAUAGGCUCUUUUCAUAUUACACCGAUUCAACUUUCCAUUUUCAGCACUGUCAAUGGUGACUUGCCAGAAAACAACAAAGACAACAUUUUUACCAUUGAUAAAGACACUGGAGUGUUAAAACUAGACAAAAAAGUUGACCAUGAAGUAACUCCAGUAUUUCAUUUCAAAGUGGCAGCAACAGUACCUCUAGACAAUAUCGAUGUCUUAGUUACAGUUGAUGUAGAGGUAAAGGUUUUGGAUCUGAACGAUAACAAACCUGUUUUCAUCUCUGCACACUACGAGGCAGUGGUAAUGGAAGGCAUGCCAACAGGAGCCAGCGUUAUCCAGGUUAAAGCGGUAGAUGCAGACUGGGGUGCUAACGGCCAGGUUACAUACAGUCUUGUUCAAGAUAGGGAGGAAGACCAACUCUUCGAAACAUUCACAAUUGACACAAAUACCGGUUGGAUAAGCACGCUGAAAGAGCUGGACCACGAGAAGCAUCCUACGUACACCUUUACAGUGGUAGCAGCAGACCUUGGAGAGACGUUGUCCUUUUCUACCACAACGGUGGUCUCUGUCAUGGUCACAGAUGUAAAUGACAAUGGGCCCGUCUUUGAACAUGAUGUUUACAAGGGAUCUGUGAAAGAGAGUGAUACCCCUGGAGAAGUUGUGGCGGUACUCAGUACGUGGGAUGAAGACACAUCAGAAGAGAAUCGGCAAGUGAGCUACCAUAUUACCGGAGGCAAUCGAAAAGGAAAGUUUGCUCUGGGGAUGAUACAGAAUGAAUGGAAAGUAUAUGUUAAAAGGCCACUGGACCGUGAAGAACAAGAUAUGUACUAUCUCGACAUCACAGCAACGGACGGCCUUUUUGUGUCUCAAACUCUGGUUGAAGUAUCGGUCAUCGAUGUUAAUGACAACACUCCUGUUUGUGAUAAGGCCAUUAAUAUAGCAUCAUUCCCAGAAGACAUUCCUUCCAAUAAAAUGCUUCUUAGGAUCAGUGCCACAGACGCCGAUAUUGGGACCAACGCUGAGAUCCGUUUCUCUCUCCAUGGACCUGGCUCGGAUAACUUUAAUUUAGAUCCUGAAAGCGGUGAGCUGAAAACACUGUCCCUUCUAGACAGAGAAAAAAUCCCAGUGUACAACCUAAUUGCUCGCGCCACAGAUGGAGGCGGAAGAUUUUGUCAGUCCGAAAUCCGUUUAAUACUUGAAGAUGUUAAUGAUAACCCUCCGGCGUUCUCAUCAGAUCAUUACAUUGCUAGCGUUUAUGAGAACACAGUCACCAAAGCGUUGUUAACCAGAGUUCAAGCCAACGACCCUGAUGUCGGUAUAAACAGAAAGGUCGUAUAUUCUCUAGCUGAUUCUGCCGGGGGUUAUUUUGCUGUCGACAGUUUGUCGGGAAUUAUCAUUCUGGACCAGCCACUUGACCGGGAGUUACAGUCUACCUACAACAUCACAGUAAAGGCAUCAGACCUGAGCCCGGUUAUGACUCUGUCAUCAUUUUGUGUUGUCACGAUCUUAGUCCUUGAUGUUAACGAUAACCCUCCCAUUUUUGAAAGAAGGGAUUAUUUGGUCACCAUUGCCGAAGACGCAAUACUUGGAACCCAAGUUAUGUCUGUUUUUGCUGCCAGCAAAGACAUCGGCACCAAUGCAGAAAUAUUGUACAGCAUCAGGUCUGGAAACGAACAUAGUAAAUUUACUAUCAACCCCAAAACAGGAGCCAUUUCUGUUAUCAAUUCUCUCGACUAUGAAAGCUGCCAGCAUUUUUACUUGACAGUAGAAGCUAAAGAUGGAGGCACGCCACCGUUAAGUGCGCUUACUACAGUAAAUAUUAAUUUAACUGAUGUUAACGAUAAUGCACCCGCGUUCAGCCAAGAAGUUUAUAGUGCUGUCAUAAGUGAAGAUGCUUCUAUCGGUGAUUCUGUGACCACGGUAUAUGCUGAAGACCUGGACAGUCCUUCCAACGGACAGAUUACCUUUUCUAUCGUCAGCGGUGAUCAAGAUAAACAAUUUACAGUCGAUCCACUAGUUGGACUUAUCAAGGUUAAGAAAAAAAUGGACAGAGAAAGGGUAUCCGGUUACUCACUUAUGGUCCAAGCUAGAGACAGUGGUAUACCUCCCAUGUCUUCAACCGUGACCGUUAAUAUUGAUAUUUCUGAUGUCAACGACAACAGCCCCCAAUUCACACCCGCCAACCAUACUGCUGUCAUUCAAGAGAACAAACCUAUAGGGACCAGCAUCUUACAACUAAUGGUGACAGACAAGGACUCUUUCCACAAUGGUCCUCCUUUCCGCUUUACGAUCGUAAGCGGUAACGAAGGGGGCGAGUUCUUGUUGGAUCAGGAUGGGAUUCUACGUUCUGCGGUGAUAUUUCAGCAUACUGUUGCCAAUGAGCACUUGCUUUGUAUUCAGGCGAAAGACUCUGGCAAACCUCCCCUGAGUUCGCAGUCCUACGUUCAGGUACGAGUGAUUGAAGAAAGUGUCCACAAACCAUCAGCCAUACCCCUGGAGAUAUACAUCGUCACCAUGGAAGACGACUUUCCGGGCGGGGUGAUAGGCAAGAUCCACGCCACCGAUCAAGACGUUUAUGACGUGCUCUCCUACGCUCUGAAGUCUGAGCAGAAAAGUCUGUUCAAAGUGAAUAAUCACGACGGGAAAGUCAUUGCCCUCGGCGGCCUGGACGGUGGGAAGUACAACUUGAACGUCUCCGUUAGCGAUGGCCGCUACCAAGUCUCAGUUGACGUUUCGGUCCACGUAGAGCAGUUGAUCCAGGACAUGCUACACAACGCGGUUACCAUACGCUUCGAGAACAUCUCCCCCGAAGACUUUGUUGGGCUUCACUUGCAUGGAUUCCGCCGGACCCUCCGUAACGCGGUCCUCACCCAGAAGGAAGACAGCCUGUAUAUUAUCAGUAUUCAGCCAGUGGUGGGAACCAACCAACUUGACAUGCUGUUUGCGGUACAAAUGCAGAGCGGGGGAUUCUAUAAGCCUGCUUAUUUGAUUCAGAAGCUCUCAAAUGCAAGAAGACAUUUGGAAAAUGUGAUCCGCAUCUCUACCAUCCUAGAAAAGAAUUGCUCGGGAUUGGAUUGUCAGGAGCAGCACUGCGAGCAGACGCUGUCCGUCGACUCUCAUGCCUUAAUGACCUACAGCACAGCGCGCAUAAGUUUUGUGUGCCCGCGUUUUUACAGAAAUGUCCGAUGCGUAUGCAAUGGUGGACUUUGCCCUGGUUCUGCUGAUCCAUGCUUGAACAAGCCGUGUCCCGAAGACAUGCAAUGUGUUGGGUACGAAAUCAGCAGAAGACCUUUCAUCUGUCAGUGUCCACCAGGCAAGCUCGGGGAGUGCUCAGGACAUACUUCUCUCAGUUUCGCGGGGAACAGUUACAUCAAAUACCGGGUCUCUGAAAAUCCCAAGAAAGAUGAGUUCCGGCUGGCGCUGCGAAUGAGAACGCUUCAAAACAACGCAAUCAUCAUGUACACCAGAGCUAACCCAUGCAUGAUUCUGAAGAUAGUGGACGGCAAGUUGUGGUUCCAGUUGGACUGCGGCAGCGGCCCUGGAAUCCUGGGAAUUUCUGGCAGGACUGUUAAUGACGGGAGCUGGCACUCUGUGUAUUUGGAGCUAAACCGCAAUUUCACGAGCUUGUCGCUGGACGAUAGCUACGUCGAACGUCGCAAGGCUCCGCUUUACUUUCAGACGCUCAGCACCGACAGCUCGAUUUAUUUUGGCGCCCAGGUGCAAGUGGAGAACGUCCGCAGCCUAACCGACAAAAGGAGCACACAGGUCUUGGGCGGCUUCCAGGGCUGCUUAGAUUCGGUCGUCCUGAAUAACAAUGAACUGCCACUUCAAAACAAGAGGAGCAGUUUUGCAGAAGUGGUCGGACUGACGGAGUUAAAGCUGGGCUGUGUUCUCUAUCCUGAUGCAUGCGAAAGGAAGCCCUGCCAGAACGGAGGGACCUGUACCAGUGUGCCAUCUGGUGGGUAUCAGUGCAGCUGCCCUUCUCAGUUCAUAGGGAAAAACUGUGAAUCAGAGAUCACUGCCUGCUUCCCCAAUCCAUGCCGGAACGGUGGGACUUGUGAUCCAAUCGGAAACUCGUUCAUCUGUAAUUGUAGAACAGGACUUAGAGGAUUAACUUGUGAAGAGGAUAUCAACGAGUGUGAAAGGGAAGACUGUGAAAAUGGCGGCACGUGCGUCAACGUCUUCGGAUCUUUCUUCUGUAACUGUACUCAUGGUUAUGUUGGCCAGUACUGCGGCUUAAGACCAGUUGUCGUGCCCAACAUCCAGGCCGGACAUUCCUACAUAGGCAAAGAAGAGUUCAUUGGGAUCGCUGUAGUGCUGUUCGUUAUCGUCCUUCUCAUCGUUCUUUUUAUCGUAUUCCGAAAGAAAGUGUUCCGGAAGAAUUACUCCCGAAACAACAUAACGCUUGUACAGGACCCUGCCACGGCGGCCUUACUCAAUAAGACCAAUGGGAUCCAGUUCAAAAACUUGAGGAACAGCGGGGACAGUCGAAAUAUUUACCAGGAGGUCGGUCCACCUCAAGUACCCGUCCGGCCUAUGGCCUACACUCCAUGCUUUCAGAGUGAAUCGAGGAAUAACUUGGAUAAAAUGGUGGAUGGCCUAGGCGUAGAACACCAAGAAAUGACCACUUUUCACCCUGAAUCUCCUCGGAUACUCACGGCUCGAAGAGGGGUGGUGGUGUGCAGCGUGGCUCCCAAUCUGCCCUCCAUGUCCCCUUGUCGGUCAGACUGCGACUCGAUCAGAAAAGGCACCUGGGAUACCGGAAAUGACUGCAAAGGGCUCGAUGCUGCCGAAGAGGCGACCUGCUUCGUGGGAAGCAAUAAAGGCAGCAACUCCGAAAACCAGUCUCUAAACUCCUUUCAGUCGGAUUCAGGAGAUGACAAUGCUUCCAUAGUGACUGUCAUACAUCUAGUCAACAAUGUUGUUGACACAAUUGAAAAUGAAGCUCCAGAAAUGGACCAAGGACAGAAUUACAACAGAGCUUAUCACUGGGAUACGUCUGAUUGGAUGCCAAGCGCCCGACUCUCCGAUAUCGAAGAGGUUCCCAACUAUGAAACAGCUGAUGCGGCCUCCAAUCACCAUGGAAGUACAAGGGAACUGGAGACAGAUUAUUAUUUGGGGGGUUACGACAUUGACAGUGACUAUCCGCCACCCCAACAAGAAGACUAUUUAAGCCAGGAUCAGCUACCACCUCCCCUUCCAGAAGAUUUCCAAGAACAUUACGACACCCUCCCCAAAGCCAAGCCCAUAUCCGUGGUUAGCACUCUCAGCCCUGACUGCAGGAGACGUCCUCACUUCCACCCCAGCCAAUAUUUACCGCCCCACCAUCUAUCCAAUGACAUAGAGACAAGCGUUCCACAACCUGGACCUUCAUUUAGUACUUUUGUACCUGGUCCGAGUCCAAGGGUGGAAAAGACAAGCACAGAUAAUGUAUCUUUAUCCUUGCACAAUCCUUGCACUUCUUCGUCUGAUAUCUCAGCGAGUUGUGGGUUCGAAGACACAGAAGUCGCCGUUAGUGACUAUGAAAGUUUGGAUGACUUCCGCAUGGAUCAUUCUCACAUCCCCUACAUGGAAACACAACAUCAAACGCAAGUGUGAUUCGCGGUUUUUAUUUGGGAUAUCAAAAUACGCGUCCGAGUUACGGUACCCGCCGCGAGACAUGGACAUGUCCAAACGAUGACAUAGCGGUUGCUUUGAUAGUACGUCAGUGAUUUCUCGCAAAGAUCAAACAGACAAUCCUUUCAACAUGUGGCUAAAAUGUGUUGCCAAAAAAAAAAAAAAAGCUUAUGCACAGUGUUUUGGUACUAAAGCUAGUUUACGAUUAGAAGUAUUAAAAUCUCAUUCGUGUUUUUUGAAAUACGAGAAAAAUCUAUUACUCAGUGCCAUGCAUCCUCAAAACAUUUGACGGCUUGAAAUGGACGGAAUUCAUGUUAUUUUACAGACGAAUUGGAAAGCUGACGAUAUGCAAUAGGGUUCUGUGAAAAUAGCGACUUGAAAAACUUACUGGAAUAGCACAAGCUUAAAUUGUACUAGAAAAAAAAGAUCUUAUUUUUACAUUACUGACGACUACGACACGUGUACGUUAACAAAUAAAAUAGCCAUGUCUACGUAUAGCAUUUUAUAGAACGAGGGGUGCCUUGUAUACUCUGGUGUUAUCGGUUCGUGUAAAGGCCAUCGCUUCUGUUUUGCACUAUUGACCAAAUUUCCCCAAAAAAUACCCCAAGAAAUAAAAAAAUUUUAGUUUUAAACAUUCAAAA